AAAUGGUGGCAAGCGCCCGAGUACAGCGGAUCUUCCGACGCUACAAACUAGCCAUCGCCGCCGCAUUGACAAUCCUGCUGGUUCAAGGACUAGUCGUAUGGAGCCUUCGGAGUUUAGAAGAGGGCGAGGCUGAGAGAAAGCAUAGGCGCUCUAAGCUGCCUGAUCACAACAGUCAGGACCCCAAGCGUACCGUGGGUGUGUGGGAGCAUCACAAUGCGGCCAUCUCCGGGGGCAACCGCUCCGCCAGGGAGAGGCUUGAGCGGCCAGCCGUCACCAUGGCGACCAGCAGCCAGCGCCGGGGCGGCAAGAAGCGGGGGAGCCGUCCCUCGGACACACGCAGGAAGGGGCCGGCAGGAAGUCCAUCACAGGAAGUCCCGCCCGCCGCCGUCCCACACGACCCGUUCAGCAGCCAGCGCAACCUGAGUGAUGCCCAGCGCGGGGGACGAGGGCGUGGCGGGCGCGUUGCGUUGGCUCCGCCCCUGGGCGUGGCUCCAGGGGAGCCGGGCAGCGUUGAGGGGGCGCCGCACGCGGCGGUGAGCAGCAGCGACGACGUCACGCCCGAGUGUGACAUCACGGGCAAGGAUGCCCUCUCCGCCCUGCAGCGCGCGUCGUCACGGCAAUGCCGCCAGGAGAUCGCCAGCGUGGUGUGCCAACAUCAGGCAGGGAAACUCAUGCCCGGCCCGCUGCCACAGAAGUGCCCACAGCAUGUCUUGUCCAGUGCGGUGCAGCAGUCGGCAGCUGAUGUGGUGGAGGCUGACCUGUCUAAGGUGGAGAACCCGGUGCGCGUGGCCUUCGUGCUGGUGGUCCACGGCCGAGCCGUCCGCCAGCUCAAGCGCCUCAUCAAGGCCAUCUACCACCGCGACCACUACUACUACAUCCACGUGGACAAGCGGUCGAACUACCUGCACCGUGAGGUGCUGGCGAUGGCGGAGCAGUACCCCAACGUGCGCGCCACGCCCUGGCGCAUGGUCACCAUCUGGGGCGGCGCCAGCCUGCUCACCGCCUACCUGCAGAGCAUGAGCGACCUGCUGGCCAUGAGCGACUGGACCUGGGACUACUACAUCAACCUCAGCGCCACCGACUUCCCCACCAGAACUAAUGAUGAGUUGGUGGCAUUCCUCUCUAAGCACAGAGACAAAAACUUUCUCAAGUCUCAUGGGCGAGAAAAUGCAAGGUUCAUUAAGAAGCAGGGUCUGGACCGGCUGUUCCAUGAGUGUGAUAACCACAUGUGGCGUCUGGGGGAGCGCGGUAUCCCAGAAGGCCUUGAGGUGUCGGGAGGCUCUGAUUGGUUCGCGCUCACACACCCCUUCGUGGAGUACGUGGUGACAUCACAGGAUGCGCUGGUAGCGGGACUCAAGCAGUUCUACACCUACGCACUGCUGCCUGCAGAGUCGUUCUUCCACACGGUGCUAGGCAACAGCCACAUGUGUGAGUCCCUGGUGGACAACAACCUGCGGGUGACCAACUGGAACCGCAAGCUGGGCUGCAAGUGCCAGUACAAGCACAUCGUGGACUGGUGCGGAUGCUCCCCCAACGACUUCAAACCCCCCGACCUCGUCAGGAUACAGCAACUGACGCGUCCCACCUUCUUUGCGCGUAAGUUCGAGUCGUCGGUGAACCAGGAGGCGCUGGAGCUCCUGGACACACACCUGUACGGGCAGUACCCGCCGGGCACGCGGGCGCUCAAGGCCUACUGGGAGAGUGUGUACGAGCGCCAGGACGGACUCGACACACACACACUCUCCGACGUGCAGCUGACCGCACACACCUCGCUCACACGCCUCGGCCUGCAGAGCCUGCACGGGAAAGGGCCCGACUGCAAGUUUGAGUCCAUUGGCUUCCCGGUGUCGGUGAACGUGUAUUUCUAUGACGACCGUUUCCAGGGUUACCUGGUGAAGCAGGAAGUGCAGACGGCGUCCGGUGGGCGGGACACUCUGGAGGUGUGGUCUGUUCCCCAGGCAACGCUGCAGCUGGAGAACAACCUGAGGGAGUUUGAGAGACUCAAACAUCUAGAGGUGGGCACGGAGUGGGACCCCAAGGAGAGAAUCUUCCGGAACUUCGGCGGUGUGAUGGGCCCCCUGGACGAGCCGGUGUGUGUGCAGCGCUGGGCUCGCGGGCCCAACCUCACGGCCACCGUGGUGUGGAUCGACCCCGCCCGCGUCGUCGCCGCCUCCUACGACAUCACCGUGGAGACGGAGGCGGAGUUCACGCAGUACCGCCCCCCUCUGCAGCGGCCACUCAGGCCCGGCGUCUGGACGGUCCGAAUCCUGCGCAUGUGGGAGCGCGUCGCCGAGACACGAUUCCUCAUCACACCCCUCGCCUACAGAGCACACACACCCUUCAGGAGCGCGGAUGAUGGCUGGCUGCACGCGGGCCCUGCCGGUAACCUGUACCUGGAGCAGAGCUUCCAGCAGCUGGGCUCUGUGCUGCGGCUGGGCUCUGUGGAGGCGGGUCUGGUGGAGGCGCAGGGGCGUGUGCGGCUGCAGGGGCAGCAGCUGGAGCUGUGGGUGGACCAGGGCUUCUCCUCCUUCUGGUCCCCCGCCGGGGUGUGCUCCUCGCUGGGCUCGGCCUGCGCCGCGCUGCCCUCCUGCUCCGAGACCUCCUGGAGCUCGCUGUCCCCCGACCCCAAGGCCGAGCUGGGGCCGGUCAAGAGCAACGGACGCAUCAGGUAGCCCCCCCACUGACCUCCACACGACCCCCACGUGACCUCCACGUGACCCUUACACGACCCCACCUGACGGGGCUACCUGCAGAGACUAGAGACUUGGAAAAAAAAAAAAGAAAAAAGCAGCAGAGGUCAUGAUCUUUUAACCUCUGAACUUUGAACU